AUGCUGCACACAUUCGCUAGGGCAGCGGCUCUCAUCGCCCUGCUAUGUCCUCAAGUCUUCUCUAUCGCUAUCGGCUCGCCCCCUGCUACGCCUGAAGUCCCCUGGAAGUACAGCAAGCGAGGUCUCUUUGACCGUGGCUACGGCGAUGAUAGCUCGUGCGCCCAUGGACCGAGCACGAGGACCUGCUGGGGUGGUGGCUACAGCGUGUCCACAGAUAUGGAUCUCAAAUGGCCCAGCACUGGCAAGUGCGUCAAGUACAACUGGGAGAUCACGAACACGACAUUGGCACCGGACGGUUUUGCAAGGUGGAUGAAUGUGGUCAACGGACAGUAUCCUGGCCCUACAAUCGUUGCGGACUGGGGUGACGAUAUUGAAGUCACCGUCACCAACCACGUCGAAAACAACGGGACGGGUAUCCACUGGCACGGUCUUCGACAGCUGGGUUCGAACGAAAUGGACGGUACCCCCGGUCUCACUGAAUGCCCGCUCGCCCCAGGCGAGACCAGAACCUACAAGUUCAAGGCAACGCAAUACGGCACUUCGUGGUAUCAUUCGCAUUAUUCGGUCCAGUACGGCGACGGAUUGGUUGGACCAAUCAUCAUCAAUGGCCCCGCGACUGCGAACUAUGACAUCGACCUUGGCGCCAUGCCGUUCACGGAUUGGUUCCACACGCCUCUGACGACUGUAAAUGCCGCAGCGCUUCACGCCAGCGGCCCGCCCAUUGCGGACAACCUGCUCAUCAACGGCACGAUGACUUCUGCAUUUGGUGGAAAGUACGCCGAGACCACUCUGACCCCCGGCAAGUCGCAUCUCUUGCGAUUGGUGAACACCGGCAUCAACAACCACGUGCACGUAGCUCUUGACGGUCACUCAUUUACCGUUAUUGCUGCCGACUUCGUUCCCAUCGUACCGUUCAAGACGAACUCAUUGUCCAUAGCUGUUGGUCAGCGCUACGAUGUCAUCAUCAACGCCAACCAGACCGUCAGCAACUACUGGUUCCGCGUCGGUACUGGCGGACGCUGUGAUGGUCCAAAUGCCAACGCUGCCAACAUCGGCAGCAUCUUCCGUUAUGCUGGCGCUCUGAGCGGAAACCCCACCUCAACAGCCAGCCAACCGCUCCCCACUGGGUGCUAUGAUGAGACUAACAUCGUCCCGUUCGUGGACACUCAGGUGCCGCAAGAGAUGCCCGAACAGCUAACUGUGGGCUUCACUAACACUGCUGGCUCCGGCAACCUGAUCCAGUGGCUCAUCGACGGAAGCCCAAUGCUUAUCGACUUUAAUCGGCCCACGCUAUCGCAAGUUUUCGAUGGUAAUGACACCUUUAAUGCGCAAGAGAACCUGUACAGCGUUGGUGAAGCGAACAAGUGGCAAUAUUGGGUCAUCCAACAAGAUCCAGCCAUGCCGGCCAAGCUCCCCCACCCGAUCCAUCUGCACGGCCAUGACUUCUACGUCCUCGAUGUCCAGGCAAACACCACUUGGUCUGGCGACAUCUCGCGCCUUAAGAAGGACAAUCCCAUUAGGCGCGACACCGUCACGCUUCCCGCCAGCGGCUACCUCGUGCUGGCUUUCGAAUCUGACAACCCCGGUGUCUGGCUCAUGCACUGCCACAUCCCGUUCCACAUCUCCGCCGGUCUGGGCCUGCAAUUCCUAGAGCGCAGCGACGAAAUCCCUGGCAACAUUGGCAGCUUAGAUGAGACGCAGAAGCAGUGCAAGACGUGGAGCGAAUUUCAGACCGAGUUUUAUCCCGGUGGCUUCACGCCCGGAGAUUCUGGUCUGAGAUAG